CUCUCCCUGCACAGCCAGCUUUCUCUUCUAAACUCCAGACUGCAAACAGAGAGAGAACCCUAAACUUCUGCAGCCAUGACGACCAUCAUAUUGAAGUUGGUGUGCGUUCUGUUCUGUGCAGUAUUCGCCUCAGCUGAAGUCAUGCCCAUGACUGACUUUGACCUGGAAAAGAUGGCAGGAAAGUGGUAUGUCAUUGGCAUUGCAACAAAUGCUAAAUGGUUCGUCAGUCACAAGGCAGGCAUGAAAGUGGGAACUGCCAUGCUAGUGCCCACAGAGGAAGGAGACCUCAACCUCAGUUGCGCCCAUCUGAAGGAUGAUGGUUCCUGCAGGAGAAUGACACAUCUUGCCAAGAAAACUGAAAUUCCAGGACGCUUUGUCUUCUUUAGCCAGCGUUGGAAAAAUGACAAUGACAUGCGUGUGGUUGAUGCCAAAUAUGAUGAGUAUGCUAUCAUUCAUACCAUCAAGACAAAGGGAGGUGUCUCUGAGGUUCUCAACAAACUCUUCAGCCGCACCACAGAAAUGACUGAAAACUUAAAGGAGAAGUUCACGCAGUUAUGUUUGGAUACUGGUAUUCUUGAGGAAAACAUUGCCAUCCUGCCACCAAAUAAUGAAUGCUCAGAUCCUUAAGUGGCCUGUCAUCCAAAGAAAGACAGACAACUUUAGCUGGUCCGAUCAUGUCACAAGAAAAAACAGACAUGAAUUGCUGGCUUCGGGUCUCUUUCCCUUUUUAUGAAAACAAGAGUCAGUUCCUUUUAAGUGCCUUAAAUACAUUUAUGUUGUGCUCACAUAAUGUCACAUCAGUUAGCAUCUAAAUUGCUUCUCCAAAUGAACUCUCAAACAGCCAGUAUUCUUGGUAGUUCACAGGCCAGAAUGUAAGUAUUCUAGGGUGUCCAAACAGACAGUUUUACUUAGUAAAAAUGAGGCAU